AUGGCCAACGUCAAGAGCCGCAUGGCCAAGAUCUUGGGCAUCGACGCCUCGCGCCCCGAGGAGCCUAUCCCCCCCAUCGCCAAUGCGGAUCCUUACGCCGAGACGGAUCCCAGUGUCAGCGACUGGGCGAGGAAACAUAUGCCUACGCCGCGCGACGCUGGACGUUACGUGUACAACCUCUUUCCCUUCAUCUCCUGGAUAGGCAAGUACAACCUCACGUGGUUCUUGGGCGACAUGAUCGCCGGUGUCACGGUCGGUGCCGUCGUCGUGCCGCAGUCCAUGGCCUACGCGCAGUUGGCCCAGCUCGAUGUUGAAUAUGGUCUCUACUCGAGUUUCAUGGGUGUCAUCGUCUACUGGUUCUUUGCGACGUCCAAGGACAUCACUAUCGGUCCUGUUGCCGUCAUGUCUCAAGUCACAGGCGACGUUGUCGUGCGCGCCCGCCAAGAGCUUCCUGAGAUCGACGCACACAUCAUCGCCUCGGCAUUGGCCUUCAUCACUGGUGCCAUCAUCGUCGCCCUUGGUCUUCUGCGCCUGGGCUGGCUUGUCGAGUUCAUCCCACUUCCCGCCAUCUGUGCAUUCAUGACCGGCUCCGCCGUCACCAUCGCAGCUGGCCAAUUGCCCAAACUCAUGGGGAUCCCGGACGUCUCAACCCGCGGCAGAGGUGUUCACCUCGUCGUUAUUGACACGUUAAAGGGUCUACCCAACACCUCCCUCGACGCGGCUCUGGGGUUGUCUGCUCUGGUCAUGCUCUACAUGGUCCGAGGCGGCUGCUCGCACAUGGCGAAGAAGCAGCCCCAUCGCCAAAAGAUCUACUUCUUCAUCUCAACGCUCCGCACUGCGUUCGUGAUCCUGUUGUACACGGGCAUCAGCGCCGGCUGCAACAUCAACCGCAGGGACGACCCCAUGUUCAGUGUCGUUGGCAGCGUCCCCUCGGGCUUCAGGCACGCCGAUGUGCCGCAACUGAAUAGCAAGAUCAUAUCUGCGUUUGUCAACGAACUGCCCGCGGCGGUCAUCGUUAUGCUCAUUGAGCAUAUCGCCAUUUCAAAGUCCUUUGGCCGUGUCAACAACUACGUGAUCGACCCCUCGCAGGAAUUGGUGGCGAUUGGUGUCUCCAAUCUUCUCGGCCCCUUCCUGGGCGCCUACCCUGCUACCGGAUCCUUCUCCCGAACUGCCAUCAAGUCGAAGGCUGGUGUCCGCACCCCGUUCGCCGGCGUCAUCACUGGUGUUGUCGUGCUCCUGGCGCUGUACGCGUUGACAGCCGUCUUUUGGUACAUUCCCAAUGCCGGGCUGGCGGCCGUCAUCAUCCACGCCGUCUGCGACGUCAUCACACCACCCCGAACCGUAUACCAGUUCUGGCGCGUUGCCCCCCACGAGGUGCCCAUCUUCUUUGCUGGCGUUCUGGUCACUGUUUUCACGAACAUUGAGAACGGCGUGUACACCACCAUUGCCUCGUCAUUUGUUGUCCUGAUCUGGCGCUUGUUCCUCAGCCAGGGCCGCUUCCUUGGGCGUGCGCGGAUCAGGACAGUCCGACAGAACGAGGGCAGCCGCACGCCUUCGUCCGAUAGCGACGGCGAUAUCAAGGGUGGCAUGCUCGGCAGCGACCCCAAGAGCGACUCCGACUACGAGUUCUCCCUGCGACCCGGCUUUUUGCCUCUGGGUCACGACGACGGUACCAACAGUCAGAUCGCGGUCGAGGACCCAUUCCCUGGCGUGUUUGUGUAUCGAUUCGCCGAGGGCUUCAACUACCCCAAUGCUUCGCAUUACUUGAAUCACCUCACCGAGCACAUCUUCAAGGCCACCCGCCGAACGGAUCCCGCCAAGCUCGGCAAGAUUGGUGACCGACCCUGGAACGAUGCCGCACCUCGCCAUCUUGACGCGUCAGAGGACACGCGGCCCACGCUCAAGUGCAUCGUGCUCGACUUUGCGUCCGUCAACAACAUUGACGCCACAUCGGUGCAGGCACUCAUCGACACACGGAACCAGCUGGACCGCUACACGGCGCCAGACACGGUGGACUGGCACUUUGCCAACAUUGCGAGCCGCUGGACGAAGCGAGGUCUGGCCGCGGCGGGCUUCGGCAUGCGCACAGGCGAGGGCCAGGGGCAGGCCGAGCCCAUCUUCUCCAUUGCCGAGCUCAUGGGGGAGCACGCCACGAUGAAGGAGGAGAAGGAUAGGAGCGACGGCAAUGACAUUGAGGCGAUGCCGUUGCGGGCUGAACUCCGGACGAAGCAGGUGGUCGUUCAGGGACUGAACAGGCCGCUCUUCCACUUUGACCUGCAGGAGGCGGUCGAGGCCGCCGUCAUCGAUGCACGGACAAAGACGUUUUAA